AUGGAAUCCCAAUCAAGCAACGGCGGUAGCGGCCACAACGUCACCCUCGGGGAUGACAAGAAAGUCCUAGUCGACGAUGGCGUUGUCCGGACCACACCCACCGGUGGUGAGGAGCAUAUCUCCGCGAGUAUUGCGCUGGACCCCGCCGCUGAGAGGAGGCUGGUGUGGAAAUUCGACUGUCGGCUCCUUCCAUGCCUCGCUGUUAUGUACUUCUUCAACGCAUUGGAUAAAGGGAACUUGGGCAAUGCAAAGACUGCUGGCCUGGAGGAAGACCUCCACCUCAAGGAUGGACAGUACAACCUUAUCCUUUCCAUCUUCUUUGUUCCCUAUGUCUUGACCGCCCCGUUUCUCGGUCUCGCUGGCAAGAAGUACGGCCCCAGUAGGGUCCUUCCGGCGAUGAUGGUGACUUUUGGCUUUGCGACCCUGAUGGGCGUCGCCGUCAAAAACUUUGGUGGCCUCAUGGCAACGAGAUGGUUUUUAGGCAUGGCGGAGUCCGCGUUCUUCCCCCUGGUCAUUUACUACCAGACCACUUUCUACCGACGUGGUGAGCUGGCACGUCGACUGGCCAUCUUCUAUGCGGCAUCGUCCAUCGCCAAUGCCUUCGGAGGUCUCCUCUCUUUCGCUGUCUUCCACAUCCACUCAGGAGCCCUUGAGAACUGGCGAUACUUGUUCAUCAUCGAAGGAGCCUGCUCGAUCCUCUUCGCCAUCUUUGUGUUUUGGUUCCUGCCAUACGACGCGCAGUCGGCCAGGUUCUUGAACAAGGAAGAGAAAGAACUCGCCUUCUAUCGCAUCCAAGUCGACUCCUCGUCCAUUGUAAGUGAGAAGCUCAAUAUUAGGUCCGCUCUCGGGAUCUUCAAACAACCAACCAGCUGGGUCAUUCUGGCGAUUGAGAUGUGCCUCGGCGUUCCUAUCCAGUCAGUGGCACUCUUCCUGCCCGUGAUCGUCAAGCAAUUGGGCUAUUCGACAGUGAAAUCGAACCUCUACACGGUCGCACCAAACGUCACCGGCGCCGUCAUGCUGUUGAUCCUCGCCUUUGCGUCGGAUUACACGCGGCUGAGGUUCCCAUUCGUCGCCCUGGGCUUCGCCUUUACUUGCAUUGGCUUCGUCAUCUUCGCCGCGGUGGAUCAUUCCAACCUCACGGUGUCGUACUUCGCGUGCUUCAUGAUGACCUGGGGCACCAGCGCCCCGAGUGUCAUUCUCGACACGUGGUUCAACAACAACAUCGCCGAUGAGAACAAGCGCAUGAUGCUCACGACUGUUGGUGUCCCCGUUGCGAAUCUCAUGGGUGUGGUCAGCUCCAACAUCUUCCAAAACAAAGACGCACCGAAAUACCUGCCGGCGCUGAUCACGACGGCAGUGUUUGGCGCCACGGGCUGCCUCUUGACACUCUCGCUGGGCGCGUGGAUGGUGUUUGACAAUAAACGGCGCAACAUGAAGGCCGGCAGGACCAUCAGGGCCAGAGACGUCCCGUCCGAACGCCUCCGUGACGGCCCUGACACGCCCGAGUAUCGCUGGUUCUACUGA